AAUACCAGUACAACCUCCGCAACGUUCACAUACAGCUCCACUAACUCAACAUGAACGACAACCUUCAGAAGUAUCAAUGGUUGCGGAAUCAAUACAAACUAGGCCAAGUAUGGACGAUGACGAUUUAUUUGAGGAUAGCACUAGUGAAGAGGAGCCAUUCCCAGAAGUUACUUCUACUGGAUUGUCAGCACAAUCUGCUGGCGGCCCUGUUUUACCUGUCAUGUCAGCGAGCCCAACUCCGAUGUACGAAAGUCGGAGUAUAUCUGACGUGCCAGACCUUCCAGGAAGGGUGGAUAAUCGAGGUUUAAUAUCUUCCUCAUUAACGAGUAUUCCAUUAGGUUCCGGGCAUAGACAAAGUUUGGAACAAACACAGUCACCACAAG